CUCAAAUAAAAAAGUGUAGAAAAAAGAAGGUGCAAUGCAGUGUUGUUGUAGAGACUGUAUUAAAUUAAUAUUAUACAUUCUAUGUAGGAAAUAACGAAUUAAACUAGUUUUAGACAAAAUACUUAUAAUUUUUUACACUUUGAGUAUUUCAUGUGGUAUUAAAUUGUUGCGAAGUGCCUAGUGUCCACGUUAUACAUGAUCCCUUCUCGCCGCAGAUAGAGGUUUCUAUUUCGUUGCUGAUAUUUAAUUUCCGAUAUUAGCGUAAUGUUACGACAAAUAAACUUCUACUCAAUAUGUUUCGCUUUCGGCCUUAGUGUUCUUUUGAUCCUAGCUGGAAGCCGAUACACAGAUAACGCGAACUACCGUCCAGUGUCGGAGAGCCACAGGAAUGUAAGAAACUUUUUGAGGAUCGUAAAUGACGACGAGGUGUACCAGCCUCAGACGAUAAAGCCUUACGACGACGCUGAGAAAGUAAUAGAACUGCAGCGCUUGAAGAUAGAAGCUGAGCUGUCCCAUUAUAAUUUAUCAGGGACGGGUCACAAGCUCAAAGAGCUGGUCCCGGAGGCGGGGGGCCGGCCCGUGCGCAGCAUGAUCGUGUCCACCUGGCGCUCCGGGACCACCUUCCUGGGCGAGAUCCUCAACGCCAUACCCGGCAACUUCUACCACUAUGAACCAUUACUUAAGUAUGAUAUAAUACAAAUAAGAGGGCCUCCACAUGCCGAUGAUGCCUUGACCUUACUCAAUAACAUGUUUAAAUGUAACUUCCAUGGGAUGGAUGACUAUUUUGAAUUUGGAAGGGAACAUUCGUACCAAUUCAGCCACAACACAAGACUAUGGGACCACUGUAAAUAUAAGAGAGCAUUGUGUGUGGACUCUAAUUUUACGACAAGGUUUUGCAAAUUGUUCCCCUACCAAAGUAUGAAAGUUGUGCGUCUGAGAUUGAGACUCAUUGAGGAUAUUUUACAGGAUAAAGAGUUGUCAAACCUGAAAGCAGUGCUGCUAGUGCGGGACCCACGAGGAGCCAUGCAGUCGAGGCAGCACCGAGAAUGGUGCCUGCCCGCGCCGGACUGCUGGAGCCCUGAGCUCAUGUGUGCGGACAUGAUCAGCGACUAUGUGGCCCUCACUCGCUUGCAGAAGAAGUUUCCUAACCGGGUCACAGUGGUCCGGUACGAGGAUUUCUCUCUGAACGUGACCAGCGAGACGCGGCGGCUGCUGUCCUUCCUCGGGCUCAGCAUGAGCACCGCCCUGGAGGAGUUCCUGCAGACUCACACCAACAAGGAGGGCGCGGGCGUCAGCUCCACCUUCCGCGUGUCACACGAAGUGCCUUUCAAGUGGAGGAACGUGCUCAAAUAUGAGUACGUUAGUCAGAUACAGGACGUGUGCUCCGAGGCGAUGGAGCUGUGGGGCUACCGGCCCGCGCACAACCGCAGCCACAUGCAGAGCGAACAAUUCGUGCCCAUCGGCCCCUACCGCGUCGCACUCUAACUCCAUAGCCACUGAGUCGAAUCUCCAACUGCACUGUGAAAGAUAAAUUUACGCCGUGACGGGUUCUCUUGAACUCUUUAUGGAAAACUACCAAUUCACCUUACAUUAAGGUAUGGACAUUUAAAAUUUAAUUUGCUCCCACUGAUGUUUGAUUUAUAAAAGCAAUGUCAAUUUAAAUUACAUAUAUUCGGAAAGGUAGGAGGGUACAUAAAACAUAAGGAAACCUACAUACUCAUUUUACACGAGGUUGCAUAAAUGAACCUAAAUGUCUCACAUCGAAAUAUUAGUGACGAUUCAUAUUAUAUUUACCUAGAUGUUAUACGUGAAUAUUGUUUAUUUGUAUAUUUUUUUACUUUACUUUGUUGUUUGAUGUUUUUGAAAGACUGAAUGUGUUUCCAGCAGCUUCAAUAUACUCUUCCAAUUCUCUAUUCCUUAAUUAGAUGCUGAGAUUAUUUUUGUAAAGGUUAACUCCUGCACAUUUCACUAUAAGUUUAAAACUAUCGAAUAGUUUAGCAUUUCUGUCGCACAAAAAUACUCUUAGAAUUAGCGCCGCCAUCUUUAAAAUAUUUUUCAAAUUUAACAUUUAACAACUUGAAUAGUCUUUACAUUGUAGUUAAAACUGUCUCUACUAAAAUAACUGUUUAGUCUAAAAUAUUAUUUUAUUUUAGUAUUGUAUGGUUUGAAUUAUGUAGUAAAGUAAAUGUCAUAAUACAUUGUAUUAUAAGUAUAGUGAGGUCAGGUUGUGCCGCAGGUGUCGUUAUAUCAAAUGUAAAAGAUGGACCAUUAGUUAGACAAGCGAAGCGCCGCGACGCUUCAGUAGAAACGCAAAACGAAACGAAACUUAUUCGAACGCUAAUACGAUCACUAAAUUAAUCGCGUUUUUAUUAUACGCUUAAGCAAUUUACCUUUUAUAUUGUUAGCACUCACGGAAUUGAGGAAUUGUCGAUGCUUCCAACGUAGACACGUUAUUACGUAGUUUAGAUUAGCGUAAGGUCUCAGGCUGGGAAUUGAAUCUAAAAUGACUGCGUUGUAUUAAAUAUUGUGUAGGCGUAUACGAGUGGUGUAGAUUUACAGACCGAUGCGGUGGUCUUGAUUCGGAUACGGUAGUACUAAGUGACACAACUGAUACAAUUUGUUGUUCCGAAGUCAGGAGCAUUCUUAAUACGUGAGACAGUCAAUUAUGGUUUGUGAACGUGCGUCUUCGAGAUGGCAUCAGUUGGUAUUUCUUGAAUAUUAUUUUUUAAUUGUCAUUACCUUCAUAUACUGGUGAAAGGUUUUGAUUUCUUUUUCAUACUCAAAUUAAUUCUCGACAAUGCGAGCGCAUGUCAAUUACUAUCAUCCAUAGACGUGUCUGAUAUUGCAUGUCUUUAAUAUGUAACUCCUAUAUUGGCGUAGCGAUCUAUCCAUCAGUUUGUCAUAUAAUUACCUAGUCUAUAGAUCUGUUUGUUACUGAGUGGAGUGUCGUGAAGAUGUGUGCUGAAAUCCGCAGCUCAGUGAAAGUAGUGAGAUCAUAAAGUGCACUUGAACAUGACGUAGUCUAGUAGAAAUAAUCAUUUUUAUCAGAUAAUUUAGUCGUAAUGUUUGAAUGUAUUAAUUUUUGCAAAUAUUUGGAUGGCUUUUGUUUUGUAGGUAGUAAUAUUAUACUUACCUACUAUUGCGUAAGUAAAAUAAGAAGUUAAUAACAUUUGAUCAAUAAGAAGCUAUUAAAUUCUAUAAUAAAUAUUAUCAUACUACGGACAUACGCAUAGACUAAAGUACGACUUAGUUAUAGGUGAAAUUCGUAUAAUUUUUAGAUCAAGUAAUGAGGCGAAUAGGUUACGCAAAAUACUCAAGUAUUGCAAAAAUAAAAAGAUCAACUUAUCGUUAUUUAAUAAACUCCCACAUUUAACUGUAUUAUGGAUUCUUUUAAAAUUCUCAUAUGAAAUCAAUCAAAUAAUUAGCGGCUUACCAGCCUUUUUUAAGAAACUGAUAAACAAUGACCAUCAUCAUCAGCCAGUGCGUCCACAGAAAGACAGAAUAUCCUCCAAUAGUAUUGAAGAGGCUCAUGUCGUGGACUAGCAAACUGACUGAUAGUGAUGAUGAUUAUAAUGUCAAUAUAAUAUAAUAGAAAUCCAAAACACCAUGUAAAAUUAUACUUCCUAUCGUAAUGUAAACAUACGAAGAAACGCUUACAAAGUACAUGACUCAAGUCAAUAUACAAUCAAUUAAUAAUUAAGAUUACAUGCUUCCUGAUAGAUGUGACAAUAUAAAGUAAAUAUUCAGUUAUAUGCCUUAAUGAAAUACUGGUAAUGUUAACUUAGGUAAGGGAUAGGUACUUAUAUAUUGAUUGCAGGUUAUUUAUUGCUCGCUGGCUGGUCCAGUGUAGUUUUUUUUAUCAUAUCAUUAGCAUAUCAUAAGGUAAUUAUAAUAGUAGAGAUGAUACGAAGAGUUUGUCUUAAUUUAAGUUAUAGUAUUUACAUUUACGCUUUUUUAUAUACACGCUCAAUAAUUUAUUUUUUAUGAGUACUUAGUACUUAUGUAUUCUUUUCCUGUAAUGAAAAUGAUCGCUUGGUACAGAAUCUCAGGUCAAUAUUUAAAACACCAUUGCAUAUACCUAUAUAAUUAAUAAUAAAAUAUAUUAAUUAAAUCCCUAGGAAUCGUGAUAAGGAGGGCAAUAUCGAGUAUUGAGAUUAUAUACAACAUAAUUUAUUAAUAUAUAAUGUAUAUUUUAUUUGUAAUAAACGUUUAACAACACAUCGAAAAGCGAACGUACAUACCUAGUAUGUAUCAAGUACGUACCUAUUUAAUGUGUAAACUAUUUCACAGCUAAUGAAGUGAAAGUCUGAAACUAAUUUACAUAAUAUGAGAAACUUCGUGGGCCAUUGUGGUUGACAAUGCUAUAAAUAGAAAGCAGCUGUGGUGCUAUGAAACUUCAUUCCCUUAGGCGGAAACGCCAGGUGGAUGUAAGUAAGAGCUGUCAAUUUAAUGUUUGUUUUGCAACUAGUUAAUUAAAAUUCGUGAUUCGUGGUACUAGUUGUGCAUAGAACGAAUCCAGAGCCGGUGCUCAAGCAACCAGAGCGACAAUGCUACUAAGAGGGCUCCGUCUAAGUAGCAUUGUCCCUCUGAGAGGGGUCAGGUUUCUCUGACCCGAAUGUACCGUACGUCGUAAAAUGUUUUUGAUAAGACUAACUUUGAUUUAAUGCUUUAAUAGCCGCUGAAUCGGGAAUGAAGUUUCAUUAUACAUUUCAGUCAGCAGUAGGUACUGCUCCCUAGGUCUUACCAAUUAAUAAAACUAAGGAUAAUGAUAAUCUCGCAGCUUGCAACUUUCAGUUAUGAAAACUAAACCGGUAUUUAAUAAGUAGUAACAAAUGUGACCAACAAGAAAAUUAACUGUCCCAAGUUUUAUUUAAAUGUUAUUAAAAUCAACCCAAUGAUGAAUGUUGUACCAAAUAUGUAUGUAGGUAUUGUAUAAUGUGCAUAAUAUAUUUUAUUUAUUUUGUUGAUUGUGUAUGAAUGGUAUUUGUGAUGUAUACCGAAUGUUUAAAAAACGUAAAAGCUUUUAUUUUAUGAACAAGGAGGCAGUGGUAUUUGCUUAUGAACAAUGGAUAUAAUCUAAGUGAUUUGAGAUGUAAGCAAUGAAAUUAAUAAUUUGAAAUUAUUACCAUUGCAUGCAAUAUAAUAGAUUAUUUCAGAAUCUCUAUUUGGAAUUAUCAAAUAAUCACCAUUGGAAGCAAUAAAAUAGAUAAGUUCCGAAUCUCUAGUACUGUUAAAUACCUAAGGUCUUUAGAAACAAAUGACUAACCAUUAACCAAGCAUUGGAAAUUAUGUAUUUAUAAUGUCCCGAGACACCUUAUUAAAAAAGUCCUACCUAAUUGAUAUUAAAAACAGUGCCAGUCUACUAUGCUAUGCCAUUGCACCUGUGACUGGCGGUUAGAGCAGCCUCCGACACUUCCUGUAUUGUCCUUUGAGAAUGGCUGAAAUCUUCUAAAAUAUUUAACAUGGGAUGGAAUUUACAGUUUUAGUUACACAUAGUAUUUAAUAUUUAUUUACUUACUUAUAAUACAUUUAUUUGCUUUACUCAUGUAUCAGUAUUGUUUGGGAUUCAAUACAUUUACCAUGUACUGUUGUAAUGUAAGCAAUAUUGGUCCCUUAAAUUGGAAAGGUAGAAUUUAAUGGAAUAGCCUUACUAGCUUAAGAGGUUACGGUUGAAUGCAGUCGAUACGAAUGUUAAAGUUUAUUCUUUAUUAAGUAAUUAAGGCCCAGGCGAGGCACUGAUUUCAUUAAUCAUAGCAAUUAUUCCUAAGUGUAGGUACGAGAUUUUUGGGCAAGAACAACUUAACCCUUUGUUUCUCAUUGUUUUUGUACCUUACUAUUUGGCAAGUAUAAACAAUAAACAUACAGGCUGUAAAUAAAAUUGUAUUGUAGAUCGAAAGAGGUUCCGCUUUUUCAGGUUCCAACUACCUAGGUUCUAGAACAUUACCUAUCUACUAUGCAAUAAUUUUAUUGACAUUUAGAUAGCCUUUAUUAAUGAGAUCAGUUCCGCCAGCCUUUUGAUAGUUACUAUUGCAGCACGGCCGGCAGCGUUUAUUAUUGCAAAUAUUGUAACGAUAUUUUUUAUUUAAAAGUUAAAUAAAGUUACAAGAAAA